UGUCGCGGACAUGUCAUGCUUGGGGGGGGGGGCUCACAUUCGAUUCAGAAGCACAAAGCCCAAAACUAUGAGCAGCAUCCAUCUGUACCACCGGCAAUCGCCGAUUGCAUUAUUUUUUUUACUGGUUGAAGAAGUGUGGGGUCUUUCACAUCGCUAUCGUACAGGUUCUGUUGCGUUGCCGAGCUGUGCCAACCACGGUUCUUGUACGCAUGGACAUGAUCUGGAUAGGGGUUGAGUCGAUGCAUGACGAGCAGUGCCACCUAGCAAGGGAGUAAGUACAGACAGUACUUCUGAUUGCUUGAAUAAUUAUUGCACAUAUGUUUCGAGAAAAAAGAUGCCGAUUUUUCUGGCAAGGCUGUACUGCCACAAACAGACAGGGCUGGUGGUUGACUGAUGCUUGGGUUUGCCUACCUCCUCAAGGUACCUUAUCAACAUACCCUACCCCUGCACUACGCCAGGUUUUCUGAUGCGAGAACUAUUUCGACCUUCUGCAAACCAGGGGCGAAAUAGGGAUUCCUUAGUUGUGAAUGGUCGACAUUCUAGAAGUUGGUCAGCUGUCGCGGUAUUUCCGGGGCCAACCAAGACACUGAAGUCGCCAAUUGGGAUUCCGCGACCCUCUGGAAGGAUUGGAAAAGCAACUAAAAAUCUUGAUGGGAAUCAUCAAGUCGAAAACGCCGCCGUUUCAACGACGGGUUGCGCCGAUUCCAUUUCAGCCCCCAGGCGGUCCAUGUGCCAAGCUUUGUCAGGUGUCUGUUAGUUAUGCUUUUGACAUCUUUCUUGACUUUGUGACAUAUGUCUUCGCUUUUCUGACACCCACUUUCAUUUUAUUUUCGACGGAAAGCGCCGUUCAGAGAAACAAAAGGAUCUGGGCGCGCGACUCACAUCUGUCAACGCGGCCCCGCGAUUAAUCGCAGAAGCUCUGUAUUUACCUUGCCUUACGUCCGUCACUUGUAGUGGAUGGAGACUUCCUUGUCUCGGGAGCUCCCAUUCUCGCAAGCCACGGUCUCAUUCAUCGGCGACCAGAUAGAUCAAGGGACAAAAAAGAACAGAAACUUGACACCAGCGCCCAGAUUUCAGCUGCGACAAUUAAAGGUUUCUGACGUCGCAGAACCUUUUCCCCCGCCAGGUCUUGGAGACAGAUGUGAAGCUUUCAGCGCGUGCGUCAUUGGAGCCAUGUCAAAUCCCGCUUCACAUAAUCAAACUCCCAAGCCGGCCCGGGUUCGGCGGACGAGAUUUGUCUGCAUUUCUGAUACCCAUAAUCAUGAAUUGAAGCUUCCCAAGGGGGACGUGUUGAUUCAUGCUGGGGAUUUGACAAAUCAAGGCACUUUCUCCGAGCUUUCCAAGGCUGUCAGAUGGUUGGAAAAGACUGAUUUCGAGGCCAAAAUAGUUAUAGCUGGAAAUCAUGACAUAAGCUUGGAUGCCGAGUUCUACCAACAGUAUGGAACGUAUUUCCACAACCAGCGGCUUGAAUCGCCCCCUGAAUGCAUCGAGCUACUCAAGUCGAGCCCCAGCAUAACCUACCUCUGCCAGAGCAGUGCUAAAAUACGACUCUCAAGCCCCAGCGGGCCUCGCACAGAGUUUACCGUCUUUGGGUCUCCAUACAGCCCACGGAAUGGUCUUUGGGCCUUCAGCUCUCGCGACCCAGACUUGCCAGAUUCCUCUUCUACCCUGUCAAGCACUACGGCCGUGGCAAGCAGAUCUGGCACAAAACAUCGCAAAAGCAAACGUCCGAGCGAACCGGCAGCUUCAUUUGGCCCCUCGGCCCCACAGCUCUGGGACGCCAUCCCUUUGUCUACAGAUAUAAUCGUCACGCACACGCCGCCACGUCGGCAUUGCGACGGGAUCGGGACGCACCGGGGAUCUCUAGGCUGCGAGGCUUUGCGUCGAGCGCUGUGGCGCGUGCGCCCUCGCCUUGCAGUCUGUGGCCAUGUUCACGAGGCAAGAGGUGCCGAGACGGUCCGCUGGGACUUGGACGGUGGUCCUCAGUCACUGGAAAGGGAUUAUAAAGAGAAGAGUGUAACAGUAUGGGAAGAUACAAGCGGGAUCGGUAACAAGAUUGCUCUUGUCAACCUGACGGGUGAUCCGAGAAAGGGGAGAACGGGGCUCGAUAACGACGGUGCCAUCGACACAGUGUUGAGCCAGACAGAUGGAACUUUCUCGACUGAGGAGGGACAAGGGAACAGUGAAGCAUGUGAUGUUCCCGAGUUGACCAGAUGUGCCAAAUCUGGCAAUCUGCAGAAGCCCACACCCUCCGGAAAAGAAUCACCAACCUUGGCUGGCAGCAUGAGUCGUCGGGAAACGUGCGUGGUGAAUUGUUCUGUCAUGGCAAACAGCUACCCGCAUGUGGGUGGCAAACGAUUCAACAAGCCGAUCGUGAUCGAUCUAGAUUUGCCCACAUGGGAGGACGUCUAGACUACCUAUCUGACGGUACAAUACGACAAAACAAACAAGACGCAAACAAAAAGGGCCAAUGCGUCCCCGUUCGAAAACCUCAACGAAAUGUCGCGUACAAAGUACCUAGCUCUCGGUCACAAAUGUUGAGUGGGCUUACGCCUCCAUUCCAGAUUCUUGUAGGCAGUUGCGUCCGAACCAACCACGUUAUACCCAGAACCCUGUCGAGGCUGAGCCUCUUCGCGGGGGUAAGACGCGUCUUCGGAAACUAAAAGUUUGUAAACUUUGCUAUGACAUCCGCACUACUAGUGCGCAAAGGUUCAACUUUCUUUGUCGUCGCAACGCAAGCCCCCAUCGCCUCAAGAGGCCUCCCAGACGGUAGUUGCUCUACCCAAGUAUAGACUAGAAGAGAGAGAGUUGCAGGGGCGCAGUAUACUAUCCACUCCGAUCCUCAACCAGUCAUAAUUGACUAUGAUUGUAUUUGCAAUUAUUCAAUCGAUAGGACCAAGAUGCUAAGAAAAGCAAAAUGAAUUUAGAGCAUAAGCAAAAAUAAUAGGCCUCGGAAGGCAAAAUUCACUGUG